UUGUACAGCCUCACCGGCCCCCACCGUCUCAUACUACAGGACUCGCACUUAGUCGCCCUUGCUCUCUUUCUUUUCCAUUGUGGACUUCUGGGAUUUGACAUUCAAUAGUUGGCAGAGUUAAGGGAGGACGCAUUCAACUGGAUUGGAUCGGAUCCAGCAAUUAGCCGAACACGACAACACAGCUCAUUAGUUUGAGAGAUGAAGAAGUUAUUUGGACGGGAGCGGGAUAAGGCCAAGGACCUGGUCCCUCCUCCGACUCAAUCGUCCCCCGCACCCACUCCAAUUCACCAUCAGUACACUACGCAGCGUCCUUCGGUGGACGAUGAGCGCUGGGAGAUGUUAAACGACUCUCACAAUGCCACUGCACCUGUCCCGGCUUCUUCACGAGCACCAUCGCCCUACACGGUCUCAGCCAACAGCUCUGUCCGUCAACCACCAAUCCCAGCACAAGUUUCGGGAAAUGGACCUACCUCCCAGGCCCCAAAGAAGAAGGGAGGCCCUCCGGCAUUGGGGAUACUCAACUCCCUCGAACCGCAGCAGAACCAUCAUGCGCGCAAUCGCUCAGAGGAGCCGUUAUUUCAGGCUCAGCCUGAACCGCCCAAGGAGAAGAAGGGAUUCUGGAGCCGGGACAAGGAGAAGGAUCGGGAAAAGGACAACAGGGACAGGGAAAUUGCGCACAGGGAGAGAGAGAGAAUGGAACAGGACCCACGGGACAGGGAUACCCGAGAACGUGGAACAAGAGAUUACGAUGAGUUGACUAGGAAAAUUGGAUUCCUGACAGCCACAGCGUCGGAGGACUGGACAUUAGUGCUCGAUGUCUGUGAGCAUGCAUCGUCAUCCGAUGCUGCGGCCAAGGAAGCUGUCCGAGCACUGCGGAGGGAGUUCAAAUACGGGGAACCAGCAGCGCAACUAGCUGCUGCAAGACUUUGGGCACUGAUGCUGCGUAAUUCGACCGAUACCUUCAUUUCGCAGUCUACUUCACGCAAAUUCCUCGACACUCUCGAAGAUUUGCUUACAUCUUCACGUACGGCUCCUGUUGUCAAAGAGCGCCUCAUGGAUGUUUUGGGGGCAGCAGCUUUCGCCAGUGGGGGGAAGAAGGACACUGGGUUCCGUGGACUCUGGCGUCGGGUCAAACCUCGAGACCGACCCGAGGAGGGUGUUCCAUUCGACCCAGAAGAUGUGAUGUUCAAUCCGCCUUUGAUGGGGAGCGGCAAUUACGGUACCAACAACAUGAGGAACAUGGUAGCAGGCAGAGGUGGCAACACUGUCCAUCAGCACACACCGCCAAUGGUGGUCUAUCAAGACGCAACGUCGACGACUGCAGACAUACCGAUUUCUGGUGGCCGAGCGAAGAAGGAGCGCUCUGAUCGAGAACGGUCUGAUCGGGAACGCUCCGAUAGAGAUCACCGCGAGCCAGGUGAAGGGCGGAAACACCGAGACAGAGAACUUCGGGAGCGAGAUCUACGGCACAAGAUUAUACCGCCUGACGAAGACAUGAAACGUCUGAGAGUGGAGUGCAAGGCUGCCAUCCACAACGCUGGUCUGCUCAGCGAGGCGCUCGCCAUGGCCACCGUCGAGGACCUGGAGCAGGACAUCAUUGUGAUACCGUGGGCAUCUGCUGGUGCCGAACGGAGCAGAGCAGCUAAAGAUGCACGUGAUCGUGACUAUCCGAAACGGAGGGCUGACUCGAACGGCCAUGUGCCAGAGAAGGGAGAUGAAGUUGCAGAAGUCACACCGGAGGAAGAGUUGCUGGCAGAGCUCUUGGCUGCGAACGAACAGCUCGUGGAAGCCCUGAAACAAUUCGAUGACUUGAAGCGUGUUGCAUUAGAGCGAGAAACCGAAGAUCGCAGUCGGAGAGAGGAACGACAACUCAUCAACGAAGAGGGCACUCUAUAUCCAGAUGCCCACGGCCAGGGGAGUUCGCGAUCCCGGUCGCAGUCACCUAUCCGCCAUGCGUUACCGACUCACCCCAGUGCGGAUCCCGCUCUGAACGCAGGCCAACAUAUCAUGUUGGCCGUACCCCCAGCGCCUCAGGGUCCGCGGUCACCUGGUCUGACGCGCACACCGUCGCCAGCGCAACCGGAUGGGUUCGCUCCCGUCGGGGCUGCAGAGCUCGCUAAUGGGUAUGUGGGCACUCGGGUCACUGGUCCCCGCGACUUGGGCCGGCCCUCGUUUGAGGACGGAGAGCGAUGGCACGGCCAACCGCCGCCGCCGCCACCACCGCCUCAGGUGCAUCAACCAUCCCACGCCACGCCGCCGCAGACAUACGCACUGCCACCGCACACGUAUGCUCAGACGCAUCCUUCAAACGACGAGCUUCCCGACGUGUUGCAGCCAAGCGCGAAAGCACUGGGCAAGCGCCGCGUGGAGCCCGAUUCGGUACCUGCUGCGGACCCACCGUCAAGCUACAACUCGGACAAUUUCGAGGACCGUCUGAGCGAUUCUGAGGACGAAGAGUCCCCGGCCAAGUUGUGGCAGCAUAUGCAUCACCCUGUGCAGCAUUAUGUGUACGAUGCAGCAGCUGAGCGCACCCAGGAACGGCUCAAAGAAGCCCAUCUGCAGCUCGUCCAUUGA